AUGCGUGAGAAUUCUUCGUUUGAAGGAAUUCAUCUCAAUAAUCUUACUAAAUAUAAUUUAGAGGAACACGUGUUCGCGUGUGUAUCUGUGGGAAUCGCCUGCGGUGACGAGUCGAUGCAAUUUCCCUGUUUCCAAUUAGCAAGGUCGCAUGGCUAUUGGUUUCAAGAACCGCUCGCUCGUAGCGGUUUUGAGUCGUUUUUAUCACUUGACAUUCCUAUUUGCCGUUCGGUCUCGUUGACUGCGAGUAUUUUCUAUGGAAACGGCAAGUCGGUUAUACGGCCGAUAGCGUUUAAGCCGCUCGGCGGGCGCCUCUCUGCGGGCGGAGAGCGUUAUGGCUCGACACCAGUACUAGCAAGCCGCCCGCCAUCGCUUAUGACUUUAUACGGUAGUUCGUCAGACGUCCGUGAAGCUCGUUGGUGUGGGUCCCCACAGCCAGCGUCACUGUCCGCUCUGCCACCGCCUCCGCUCUCCGCUCCGCUACAUCAGCGACACCACUCAGCAAUUGUGACCAAGUCUAGUUCAGUUCUCGGGGAGACAAAGGAGCCAGCCCCCGCCCCCUCCCCCGCUGACUCCGGAGUAUCUGAGCUUGAGAGAGAUCACCAUGACUACAGUUCAACGGACCGUCUCCGCCACGAUGUCCGUCGCCCGCGGCUGAUGCUGCAGAGCUAUCGUCGUGAUGAGAGAGACGUGGAACUGGCCCGAGUGAAGAGAGACCGAGCUGUGUUGAGACAACGACUGGAAGACACAGAGUGGAGCCUGUGUCAGAGGGCUGGCGAGAUCGCUUUGUUGAAGACACAGCUGAAAGAGGCUCAGAACGAACAAACAGCUAAAGGCCACGAAUAUCUAACACUGAAAUCCGAUUGCCGCCAACUAAGAGAGGCUUUGGAUAAAAAGGACAAAGAGAUAUUGAGGCUACGAGCGGAAUCUGAGGAAAAGGAAAAAUCUAUGAAGAGACUUCAAGCAGAAGUCGAGAGACUGAAUAAAGACUUGUUGAACAGCGUCACAGACUUGACUAAGACUAAAGAGAGCAAUAAGAACGAGAUAGAAAAACUCAAAACAGAAGUCAAAGAACUUAGGCAGGAGCUAUCUGAUGUAUCACUCAGUGGUUACGAAGGAAUCGAAUGCGGAAGAACUAUGAGAGGGAUUUACGAUGUGUGCAAGACAAACGAAUAUCAUUGGACAUCCAGCGAUAGCGCGCUAGAAGACGCUGAAGUACAACGACUUAAUGGAGAAUUACCGGACUCUUGCAACGAACCCUGCCCAGCAAACGCUAUAGUUGAUAGACUUAAAUGCGAAAUACAGAACAAAGAACAGCAAUUCAAUAAUGAGAGAAGAAAAUGGUCGGACGAAAAGGAUAAAGUUCUACGAUACCAGAAACAAUUGCAAAUGAACUACGUACAAAUGUUCAAACGAUCGCGUACACUUGAAGCUGAGAUAGACGGACUCAGAUUAGAACUGGAAUUAUGCAACAAGAACAUGAAAAAUCUAAACCAACACAAAACCAUAGAACUAUAA